AUGAAUAUAUCAGGAAUAUCAAAGAUAUCAACACCAAUGAAAAAAUUACCAACCAAUUCAACAACAUUGAUAACUCAUUUACCUAUAAAUUUCUUAUUGAAAAUUCAAAGAUUAUUGAAAAAAUCAAUAUUAUCAAGGAAAUUUUAUCAAGAAAUAAAUGAUAAAGUAUUAAGUAAUUCAUCAACAGUUGAUACUAAUUUAUAUUUUAUUUGUUAUUUUUCAUUAUUAAUUUCAUCAAUAUUGAAUAAUAAAUAUAAGAUAUUAUUCUUUUUAAAAAAUCAAUGGUUUAAAUUAACUCAAUUAAUUAAUUCAUCAUCUUUAAAUGAUAAAAAUAAUGAAUUUACUAAUGAUGAAAAAUCAAAUAAUUCUAGAAAAUCAAUUAUUCAAAAAGUAUUAAAUCCUUCAAAACCUAUUUAUAUCGAAGGUAAACCAUCUAAAUUAGCUUAUAAUUUGAAAAAAAUUAAUAGUUAUUUAGCAGAUAUUAGAAUUUUCAAUCGAUUAACUGAUUCAAUAAAAUAUAUGCCUUGGGUAAUUGAUGAAUAUCAUUCAUUUAAAUCAUCUUCUACUACUACUACUAUUCCAAAAUUUGAUAGAUUUAUAAAUUUCUUACAAUCUAUAAAUUGUGUUGUUUUAGAAUUAUUGGAGAAUGCAGGUUGGUUAACUGAUCACGACUUUAUAUCAACUAAUGAUAAUCCAUGGUGGAGUUUUGAAACUUAUAUUUGGUGUUGUAGAGUUUGGGGUGUUUAUUUACUUAUUGAAAUUAUUGAAUUAAUUAGAAGAACUCCAAUUAAUAAAUGGAGUAAUAAAUCAUGGCAAAUUAAUUUAUUUAAAAAUGUUAUUCAAAUCCCAUUGGUAUUACAUUGGUCUUUAAGAGAAGGAUGUUUAUCUCCAUUCUGGGUUGGUGUUUGUGGUCUGGGUGCAAGUUGGUGGAAUUUUAAAGAUAUGUGGUCUUCGAUAGAUUUAUCAUAA